UUGAUUGAACCCGUCAGUGAAUCAGCUGAUCGCCUUGCAUUACGUGGAAGAGAAUCAGCUGUGCGCGACAUGGACGAGCUAGUGAGCGAGAAUCUCGAAAUACCACCCGCCAAAUACGAGUAUUUGGAUCACACCGCGGACGUACAAUUGCACGCAUGGGGCGACACCAUGGACGAGGCUUUCGAGCAAUGCGCGAUGGCCAUGUUCGGCUACAUGACGGAUCUCGAGCGUGUGCAGGUCACACAGGUGCAUCAUAUCGAGGCCGAAGGUGACGAUAUAGAAAGUUUACUCUUCCACUUUCUUGACGAGCUACUCUUCAUGUUUAGCGCCGAGCCGUAUAUAAUCGCCAAGAAAGUCAAGAUUACCGAAUUCGACCGAGAAGGAUUUAAAAUCAAGGCAACCGCGUACGGCGAGGAGUUCACAAUUGGCAAACACACGCAAGGCGCAGAGGUAAAGGCCAUCACAUACUCAGCGAUGCAGAUCAACGAUCGCCCGCGAGUGGAGUGGCCCGAAAUCUUCGUGAUCGUCGACAUAUAAUAUUAUCUUGCCGAUCGCACUGCACAUGUACCUCAACGAUAUUUUGCUGCACAACUUUCUGGUAAUGCUCUAACAACAGCGAAAAAGUAGCGGAGGGGAUGGUUACUUAGCUUGAACGGGUGGUGCGUGGAAAAAGUAGGGGAAGGUAGCCGAAGGGCAAGAAAAGAAACCGUAUACCUCCCCUACGGUCUACAUAGGAGCGAUCCUUUUGUACUUGCCCCGUAGGGUUCAAAUAAAUACGUUACGAAGAAUGCACCGGGCCCCCCUUCUUCUUGGCUCGACUUGACUCAGGCGUGUAAUAAGAUUACCCGAACUCCCGGCAAAACGCAAGAAAAAGAGCCAAGGGAUUAGCCGUUUGUUAUUAAGAAAUGCGUGCGAGUUUUUAGCGUUAUCGAUGUUACAUAUAUUUUUUGUUUUUACUUAUUUAACAUUGUUAUUUACAAAAUAUAAUCGGUACGAUAGAGUCCCUCUACUCCAGUAGCUAUUGCGUUUAAACUAUGAUUCUCUUUUAGCUUUCUCACUACACAUUUCUCUCGCAAUGAUCACGUGCGAAAGCGAGAGAAAAAUGUACAAGAUACCAUUGGUAAAUUGAUUACAUGCACAAUAAUCUGCAUCAUUAAAGUAAAGCCCAUUUUUGCCAAUUUAAACUAACAUUUUAACGCACUUUAUAACACAUGUAUUUGUUCGACUAAUAUUUAUCGCACGUACACUGUAUGUACAAUUGUAUGUUUCAGCUAUCAGCGGUAGAAUGAAAAAAACCGAUUAAUUUUAAAUGUAGGUCACAGCUUUCUGUUGAUAUUUCUAGAAAGGUAUAGUAUCGUGUUAACGCUAUUCCUUCGAUAUUAUACACGUUUUUCAAAUCUAUGUACAAUCAUAUACCAAUAGAAUUAUAUUCUACUUUAUAUGCAGUGCAUAUGAAAGUGUGAAUUGUGACACAAACUAAUUGUGACAUAAACUGAUUGAAAAAAAUUGAAUCGAGCCACUCACAUCUUUUGCGAAAAUAAUGUCAAAAAAAUAUAAUAUCCAUUAUUUGUACGAAACUCCAGUUUUCCAAUGAAAAAUAGACAGUCCCUGCCUACAUCUAUUUGACGCGAUUGCAUUGUAUCGCGCUUGAUACGAGACGGCGAUCGAGGAGAGAUCUGAAUUGUGAUCGGUGAUGAAAUCGAAAUAAAAAAAAAAGUGCGACU